AUGGUUCCUCAGAGGACUUGGCGAAUUGAUAACAAGUCAGUGUACAGCGUAAGCGUGAGGGAUGCUCAUGAAGUGCUGGUGGGUAACGGUGGAGGAGUGGUGUAUGUGAUUGACCCAUUGAUGAACGAGUUCCGGUGGGACAGCCGGGUGGCGGGGCAAGCAGUAUGUUCAAUAGCUAGCAAGGACGACUGGUACUACUUCGGUUCAUGGGACGGCGCUCUUUACGCAUAUCACAGCUCGUCUGGAAAGUGUGUGCCGCAAUGGAAGUUAAUAGAUAAGCUGAAGCAUGGUGUCUGCGUCUGUAUCUUGCCUCCAUAUGAAGGAACAUUGCCACCAUAUAAAGGAACAUUGCCUAUAAGUGGGGAACAAGUUUUUCCAGCUCAAGAUUUAUUGUGUGUGGGAAGUCAGAACGGAACGUUGUUACUUGUGGAUGGUAAGACAGGUCAAAUUCGUUGCGUUAAAGAGAAUGCUCAUGAGGAUAUCAUUCGUAAGAUCCGAAUGGUUGCCAACCACCCGGUGGCCAAGUUGGUACUGACAUGCAGUAACGAUGGGACAUUUGGUGUAUGGGACGGUUAUACGUUGGAGUGCUACGGCAAGUAUCAAGCAAGCUCGACUAUGUCUUUUUGUUUUGAUGUCCAAGGCUGGUAUGAGGAUGGUGUUAUAAACGUAGUGUGUGCGAUGGAUGAUGGGUUGGUAAAACAUCAUUGCGUACAAAUAGGUCAAGAACUGGAAGUUGGCUCUUGCAAAAACGAACAGUCCCCUUUGGUGGAGCUGGGCGGCACGACGGUAUGGCGUCAUAAUAACACUAUCUGGAGUUUGGCCCUGGACGUGGAGAGCAUGGACGUGUAUGCUGGGACCGACGACGGCCAUAUACUUGUUUUUAAUAGUAAGGCGGAGCGGAGCAAUGUUAAGGAACUAUUGUCCGAAUCUGUUGUUGCGGCAAAGUGGGAAGAGGUUCGCCAACUGGUGGAGGAGAAUGACCGUCAAAAGCAAGCCCAGGUCGCCCUGGAUCUCAACAAUAUACCAAAGGCUCAGGAUCGCGCUCGCCAUCCGGGAAAGAAAGUCGGACAAACAAGUCUAUUUACUGACGAUCAAAGCCAGCAAGUAAUGGUGUACCAGUGGUCAGGUACGGAAUGGAUAUGCAUCGGAGAGAUGCUGGGACAGACCCAGCAGGCUAGCACGGUUAUUCAAAGCAAUAAUAUUUUUGAAGGUGACGAAUUCUUUCCCGCCGGUAUCUAUGAUCAUAUCUUCGACGUAGAGAUUGAUACAAGAUGUGGAGAUAAACCCCGACUGCCAUACAACAAUGGCCAAGCACCUCGAGACGUGGCUGAAAGGUUUUGCACCCGCGAAAAUAUACCCAAAACAAACAUUCCUGAUAUCGUAAAGUUUAUCCAAGAGAAUGCCAUCGUGGCCAAACCCCAAGAAAGCCCCAAGACUCCGGCGGCAGAGGAAGUAUGCGUCAAAUACACCCACUUUAAAUUCGAUAAACCAUCCAAGUGGCAGGCUGCGUUCAAGAAAUUAAGAGAGAUCGAUGCACAAGAAAAGGAAAAAAUGAGCCAGAGCGAAUAUGACCUUCUUUCGUUGGUCGAAACAUCCGUUUCAAAAUCUAGCUUUUUCCGUGAAGACUUACGGAGCUCGGAAAUUCAUGUUUUGUUCGAUGUACAAGAAGCCACUUUCAUCAAAUGGUCUGAUUACCUACCAGUUCUUGACUUGUGGCGAUACUACGUCUUACAUGAAAACGUCAUUAACUAUCUCAGAAAGAACGGUCGAGGAUCUCUCCAAAUAUCAUUCCUCGUAUCCACUGUGGCGAAUAAAUUUUGCGAGGAUGGCCCAGGCGGAAGCAUGGCCAUGAUGGCUACCCGAUGCUUAGCCAACUUGGCUACGAUACCCAAUAUACGCGAAUUCAUGCUUCGCAAUUUUGAAGUCGUGUUUCAAGAUCUUAAAAAAAUCGCACCCGUGACCGAUGACAGACUUUCGACGGCUCUUUGCAUGCUGCUCCACAACCUGGUUCUUUCCGCAAACAUGGAUUUCAGAGCCUCUGGUCCCAACGGCACAAGCGAGUACAAGCCCAUCACACAAAGCAUCCAAAACUUGGCUAAUCAACUUUGUCUUCCACCAUCUCCCGCUAAGGACACUCUGGAUCAGAUACUAAGCACAGCUACCCAGUGA